AUGUCCAUCGAGAUCCUGGAUCUCUUCGGGCCCCAGCUGAGUCAUCGCCAGAAGCUGGAGCUGGCGGCCAUGAAACAAGUAUGGUUCUUCACUGUGGACAAGGUCGGCAAACCCCGGGGCGGCAACAACAACGACAGCUACGACGACGAAAACAACAACUACAUCCCUGUCCGCAAGGAACAGCUCAACUACCGCUAUGAGGUGCAGAAGAUGAUCGGCGAGGGAGGCCAGGGCCUGGUGCUGCAGUGCCGCGACCACAAAACCAAAACGCUCGUGGCCGUCAAGAUGCUGUCACUGCCCUUGUGCUCCUCGACAGCGGCCCGCCAGAGGACGGAGCUGGAGGUGGCCAAAAAGCUGCAGGGCAGGGCCAGCGAUGAGCGCUAUGGAGUCAUCCGGGUCCUGGACACGUUCGAAUUCCGCGGCCACAAUUGCCUCGUCGUCGAGCUCUUGAAGAAGAGCCUCUACGAUGUCAUGAGCAAAGGGAGCAUCGGGCGAAUCUACGUGAGGCGGUUGAGGGAGUACACCAGGGCCAUCCUCGACUUCCUGUUGUACGCCAAGGGGCGGGGCAUCGUCCACGGGGACAUCAAGCCGGAUAACAUUCUGCUCACCGCGGCCGGCAAAGUCAGGGUCACCGACUUCGGGUGGAGCUCCUACCUGAAGCAUAAAACCCAAAACAUGUGCGGGACGUUGCCCUACAUGGCCCCGGAGCUGCUGCUGGGCUACUAUGUCACCUGCGCUGUGGACAUGUGGGCUCUGGGCUGCACCGUGGCUGAGAUGGCCACUGGCAAGGAUCUCUUUGAUUCACGAAUCUUCACAGAACACCUGCCCUACUGCAUCGAGAUCCUGGGCAUGCCCCCGAAAAAGAUGGUGGACGAAGCACCUAACAAGACAACUUACUUUGACCCUGAGGGCCUCCCCUACAACCUGUCCAAGCAGGGGCCACCGGGAAGCCUCCCUCUGCACCGCGCGCUGCAGGGCCACCACCCUCAGCUGGUGGACUUCAUGGGAUCCGAAUCUCCGGAUGACGCCUGA